AUGGCUUAUUCUCGAUACCCUCCAUCUCAAUCGCAACCUUACGAUGACUGGGGACAAAACAGCGAAACAAACUCAACCUCAUCUCGGUCAAUGACCAAUUCUCGAUCUCAUUCAUUGGCAUCAUCAGCAAGCAGAGCAACUAGUACAUCAGGAUAUGAUACUACUGCACGCACUUAUUAUGUUGAGUUGAAGAAACACCUCCAGUCAUUCUUACAAAAAGAGGCUAUGGAAGGCCCAAGUCCACAAAGAGUAUCUGCACGCCACAAACUUUCCAAAUUAAACAACUCACAAUUUCAUGAAUUGGCCAUGGAUGUAUACGAUGAAUUGGUUAGGCGUAAUAUUGGUGAUAAACUAUUACCUUUUCUGGCUGUCCGACCCGAUUUUCACCCAAAGCGUAAUCAGGCACGACAGAAACUAGCCACUUUACCAAUGUUACGCUUCACAGACCUGGCUAGUGAUGUUUAUUAUGAGCUCACAAGAAGAUAUCCACAAGUAACAGAUCAAGAAGAUUCUCAUCGUCCACCAAUGCCUCCAAUGCCUCUUCUCACAAAACAACUUUCAAACAGCACUAAUCCACAACCACCAAGCCAGGCAACUCAAAUCGUACCCGUAAAAGGAAUGAUCAAUGUCGAAAGAGGACACUACACUGAUGAUGACGACGACGACGACGAUGAUGAUGAUAACGAACCACACUCGCCUUAUUCUCCAAAGAGUCCGGUUGGGCACCAUCAAGAACCCGAUUGGCCAAAAGGUCAAGGUCAGGCACAGGGAUUAUUAUCUGGAGGGUUAGGGCCAAAACCUAUUGCAAAUAUAAUCCACAAGGAUAAAAACGAUCAGGACGAAUCCCUUGAUAUGCUGAUGAACGAUCUCGGUAACAUGGUUCGCAAUUCUCCCUCUACACCCCAAUCGGCAUUCAAUGAAUCUCGAUCUCUGAACACAAAACUCAGGCAAGAAUAUGAAGACCAGAUAGCCAAUUUAACUAGGCGAAUUCGACAACUUGAAAACGAGAAAGAGGCAAAAUCAAGUUCAAAUCUGGCUACUGAAAAGGAAUUGGAACAGCUCAAAAAAGCAGACAAAGAAAAUAGUAUUAGAAUAGAAGCACUUCAGGAAGAACUUGAAAAGUGGCAGGACCGCUAUCAACAUCUUGAAGAUGCUCGUCUAGAACAACAACAGGUUAUCAACAGAAUCAAGCAAGAAACCUUGCCACUUCUUGAUGAAUUGCAUCGAUUAUCAGAAAGCAAUGCGACCCUACAGAUUGAUAAAGAACAAGCUGAUACACGUGUACAAGAGUAUGCUGAAGAGUUGAAACAACUUGAAACAAAGUAUCAAAAUGCUCGUUUAGAGUUGCGGUCUUACAAAGCUUCUUCACUUUAUACUACCGAACUUUACCAGCAAGAUCUUUCAAAGAGCGAGUUCUUGAAGCCAACCAAAGAUGGCAUUAUCUUGGUGGACAAUAUUAUGGAUUAUCAAGAUUGCAUUCAUAAAUUAUUACAAGUUGCAAGAUCAAGCCACCCUUCUGGAAUUCUUUCAGUAAUGUCACGUUUGGUAAAGAUAUGCAGAGCAGUGACAAGUGACAUCGAAUCUGCAGAAGCAUCUGGUCAACUUCAAUCGGCAUCGUUAUCGUUAUCGUCAGACAAGCAGGCUAAGCUAGGUCAGCUUAAGGUUGGAUUUUCGGUUGCCCUGUCAGACCUACUGGCGGCUUCAAGAAAUCAUGUUAAUGGAAAAGGGAUCAGUCCCGUCAGUCUUGUGGAUGUGGCUGCAGGCUCUUCUGCACCACCCACGCGGGCCGAGCCUUCACCUACCAAAGGAUAUUUUAGCCGUCAACAGCAACAACAAGACUAUUCUAGUCGUGUAGCCACAGCAACAAAAUCAGCGCCAACCUCAAACUCAACAUCAACAUCAACAUCAACAUCAACAUCAACCGCAAGAACAGCACAAUCCCCACGUAUUGAGCAUAAUAAUUAUGCGCCUCAGCCAAACCAAGGUUACAUUUCUCAAAUCCAGAAUCAAAGCCAAGGCCAAAGCCAAAAUCACAACUAUCACACAAACCAAGCCUAUAAUGAGGUCUCGACAAACUAUUCACCAUUAUCCUCACCAAAUCCAUCAAGAGGUGAACGAUCACUUUCACCACAAGAACUUGCCAGUUAUUUGAAAACAGAGACUGAGCAUAUUGUAGAGGCCAUCCAAGGUUUGUUGAGUGCACUGCGUUUACCUCCUCACCAGAGCGGUCAAGUGAAAUCGAUUAUUUCUUCGAUUGUGGAUAUCGUUACUCUUGUGGUCGUGCGUUCUCAGAGCACGAUUGAGUCGGCUCAGGGCAGACCCUAUCGUCACCGCGGAGAACAUGUUUUGGCAAACCUGACCGAGUGCAACGAAACCCUUGUGCGUAUCAGAGACCGGUUCUUUGGCCAGGCCAACCAAAAUCAUAUGUCUACCUCGUCUUCAUCAUCUUCACCUCCUCCCCCUACUGCUACUGCGGCUGCCAAGCGUGACCUGGCCAAGGAAGCAUAUGAGAUUGCAAAAUAUACUAAAGAACUUAUCAGUAUUUUUGAACAAGACGAUUAA